CGGUCCCUCUCAGGAAGCCACGCUGCUUUCGAUGGAUUUUGUUUCUCCAGCGGCCCUUCCCGUCUGUGGGAUCGAGGCCUCCGAGGAGAAUACUUUUUCCUGCCCAGCACCCGGAACUUAGGUUUGUCUCACUAGAUCGAGGGGAAGAGUUAAAGGAAUGGACAAAGAGGGGGCGGGGCAUCCGGAGGGGCCUCUGAGAGCCCCGGAAGUGCAAUCCACGGCGCGGUUUCCUCAGUCAGGUCUAUCACCUCAAACCCGCAGACGGAAGGUAGGAACACCGGAGGGUUGAGGCCGAGCGUCCAAGCCGGCGCUACCGUCGUGACCACCUGCAAGUCGCACUUCUUUGCUUUUUUGUUCACUCACUCUUGAGGUGAGUCGUGGACGAGCUGCUUUCACCGUCAACCUGGAAAACAGAGCUUGCUUGUGUAGCGCCGAGCGGGGCAAGGUGGCACUUUUUCGUAUAAGGCUGCUUCUCUUGAAAGCAGUCCUGGCUUCUAAGACCGGCAUCCAAAUAACUCUGGAAGAAGAGCUGACAGUCCGUGCACCCUAACAACCCUGGACAGAAGCCAGCAUGUCUCAGGCCAGCAAGAGGAAGCAUGUGGUGCAGGAGGUGCUGGGAGAGCACAUGGUGCCUUCUGACCAACAGCAGAUAGUGAAAGUCCUCAGGACUCCUGGCAACAAUCUGCAUGAGGUAGAGACAGCACAAGGGCAGCGCUUCCUGGUGAGCAUGCCCUCCAAAUACCGCAAGAACAUCUGGAUCAAAAGAGGGGACUUCCUCAUUGUUGACCCUAUUGAAGAAGGAGAAAAAGUGAAGGCUGAGAUCUCUUUUGUGCUUUGCAAGAACCACGUUCGCUCUCUGCAGAAGGAGGGUCACUGGCCUGAGGCCUUCUCUGAGGUAGCUGAGAAACAGAAUAAUAUGAACAGAGAGAGUCAGCCGGAACUCCCUGCUGAGCCACAGCUUUCAGGAGAAGGGUCAGGUUCUGAAGAUGAUUCUGACCUCUUUGUCAACACCAAUCACAGACAGUAUCAUGAGAGUGAGGAGGAGAGUGAAGAAGAGGAGGAGGAAGAGGAGGCCUGAGCCCCAGGACCUACCUCUGCCUGCUCAGGGACUACCCCUUGGCUUUUCUGGGCUUGGACAUUCCCAGGGUGCCCUGCAGAUCUUUUCCUUUGGAUGGGGACAAAGCAUGGCCCCUUUCUGAACUGACCUAAAAGAAUUAAACCCCUGGUGGGUAAUGACUUA